CAGAAUGAAGUUCUCCACCAAGACCUCUAGCCGCCGGAAGGCCCGCAAGGCUCACUUCACCGCUCCUUCCAGCGAGCGCCGCAAGCUGAUGAGCGCUCCUCUGAGCAAGGAGCUCCGUCAGAAGCACAACGUGCGCCAUGUCCCCGUCCGCAAGGACGAUGAGGUCAAGAUUGUCCGUGGUGCCAACAAGGGCCAGACCGGCAAGAUUGUCGAUGUCUACCGUAAGAAGUGGAUCAUCCACAUCGCUGGCUUGACCGUUGACAAGGCCAACGGUGCCACCUCCUUCCUGGGCUUUGACCCCUCGAAGGUUGAGAUCACCAAGCUGCACAUUGACAAGAACCGCCAGCAGCUCCUCAACCGCCGUGACAAGACCAAGCAGUCUGAUGCCGCCAAGGGCAAGCACCAGGAGGGCGAGCUGUCUGCAUUCCGCAGCUCGUUUCGGGGUGGGGCAGGUGCCCAGCCGGCAAAUGGAGCCGGCGGUGUAUCCUUCUCGUCUUCGACGUCCUCUGGCAUUCGCACUCAGCGCGAUCAAGAUGACCUCAUCGCCGACCUUCGCAAAGAAAAUUUUGCCCUGAAGUUACGCAUCUAUGAAAUGGAAGAAAAUCUGGGGCGCCUGGCCCCAGGUGACAUUGCACAAGCCAUCAAGCUUAAUGUUGAGCUAAAGGUUCAGCUCGAGGAAACCAAGCGCGAGCUUGCUGAGAAGGACGAAUUGCUGCGCCAGGCCCACAACGCCAUCGACGGCUAUGCUGCACACGAGGAGCAACGCUUGGGUCAACAACGCGCUUCGGUAUGUCUGCCGUCCUCACCAUGUACACGGGCCUCGUCGUGUUCACCAGACUACGCUCCAUAUCACACCCCCAUUGAUCGCACGUUCCGCUCUCAGUAUGAAAAACGGAUCCGCGAGUUGGAGCUCAUGGUCAAGGAAGCACGUGUUGAAGCUCGCGAGCAUGAACAAAACUUGCAACGAUAUGGUCAAGACUGGGGUGAACAGGAUCAAAAUCUUCGUGGUCACAUUGGCGAUCUCAAAGAAGAACUCGCCGCACUUCGCCAGGCCGCUGAGAAUGCUGCCUCAGAUCAUCGCAAGCGUGUUGCCAAGCUGGAGGGCCAGCUUGUUGAUCGGGAUUUGCAAAUCAACGCCCUGCGCAACGACUUGGAGCGCGACAAGCAACAAAUCGAGGCCAUGCAGCAGGAGGAGCGCCAGCGCCGCCGGGAGCAGGAGCAUGCCGAGCAGACUGCUUCACGAACGCCUCAGGCGGAUCCUCGGGCUGAUCAACUGCGUCGGCAAUUGGAGCAGGCACAGCUGACGACCACCACCUUGCGCGCUUCGGACAACGAGCCUGCGCGAAGCAAUCGCUCUUUUGCACCCGGAGACGACACGCUGCGAUCCUUGCACGUCAGCGGGCAUGGUUUGCGUGACCGCACGGGCCCGGUCGAUGACACGCUCAACGAGUCUUUGCAAAAUUUGGCUGAAGGCGAAGCCUUGGGCAUUGAAUCCUUGCGCCACGAGUUGCAGGCCGAGCGCAUUCGCCUUGAAACGCUUCGUCGACAGCUCGAGGCUGAACGUGAGCAGAUUCGAGUCGAGCAGCGCCAUCGAUCCACUGCCAAUGUGACACCGCGCCCCACCGAGCCUGCUGCGCCUACCCCCCUUGCAACCUCGCGCACCGCCGAUGGAGGCCAGACCGAGGAGCUGCUCAAUCAAGCACGAGACCGCGAGCUCUUGCUCAUGCGCCAGCAUGCCGAACAGAUUAACCAGGAGCAGCAGCGCUAUCGUGACACUGUGGUUGAGCUGCAGGCUGCCAAACGUGCGGAGGUUGAAGCUAGCACAGCCGCCAAUGCUGCCCGUCUCGACCUUGAUGAAACGCGGGCUCAAUUGCUGUCCACACAGCAAGCUUUGAUCGAUAUCCAGCAGCAGCACGAGGCAUUGCAAAGUGAGCACGAGGAACAAGUGCGACUAUUGCAGCGAGCAGCGGCAAAAGUCGAAACCCAAGAUGCUGCACAAAAAGCGCUCGAGGCCGCUACGGCAGAGCACGAGCAAAUUGUUGAUCACUUGCGGCGGGCUGUCGCUGAAGCCGAGGACGAAGCAGCAAAGUGGAAAAAGCGAGCUGAUCGCGCCGAGGGGCGUCUGGCGACCAUUGAGGAUGAGAUUGUCCAAAUUCGCGGCGAUUUGGGUCAGGCCCAGGAACGUUACAGCACAGAGUUGACCACUAUUCGCUCGCAGCACGCCGAGGACAACACCAAGCUGGCCGGCAUGCAUGAUGAGCUUCAAUUGCUCCGCAACCGACUCGCAGACGCCGAGGCCGAGCGCGAGGAAGCGCGCCACACGGCGCGCCAGUCGGAAAAUGCUCUACGGGAUGCCCGUCAGCAGAAUCGCGCUCUCUCCGAUGAGCUUGAUCGCGCGUUGGCUGAUGCCGAGGGACGUGGCGAGCUUCAGCAGCGGGUCCGCGAGUUGGAGGCUCUGACCAAGACCUUGACACGCUCUCUGAGCGCGGCAGAGAAUGACGCUGAGCGCCUCAGCGCAGAGGUGGGCCAUCGCAACGAUCGCGUUCAGACGCUGGAAGCCCGGUUGCGUCAGCUCGAAGAUGAGAUUCGUGGUUUACAAAGUAGCUUGCAUGAGACUCAGCAGCAGCACCAGAUUUCCGUGUCACAGCACACCGCUGAAUCUGAUGCCUUGCGCCGUCGGUUGGCCGCUGCGGAGGGCAAGGCGGGCGAGCACGUAGCAGAGACGCGUAACCUGAGCACGACCUGCCGCGAGUUGGAGUCGGCGCUCAAGGUACAGAAGCAGCUCGUCGCAGACCGCAGUGCGGCCAUUGCCCGCUUGCAGAGCUCACUCGCUGAGCGGGAUGCAGCCGUCAAAGCUUUGCAGGACGAGCUCGAGGCAGUGCGCUCGGAUCUCGUGCUUGCCCGGGCGCAGGCUCAAGCUCUGGGAGAAGUUCAGCACACCCUAGACCUGACCCAGGUUCGCGUGGCCGAGCUGGAGGAUGAGCUUGCUCUUGCUCGAGAUGAGCUGGCUCGAGCCGUGGCCACAGCCGACGGCGUUAUGGCGCAGCUCGCCGAGGUGGAUGCUGCGCUUCAACGUGAGCGUCAGGGCAGCGCCGAUUUGGCUCGACAGCUUAGUGACCAACGUCUUGCACACGAACAUGCCCUUGCAGCAACCCGCGAGGAGGCGGAGCGGCUGCAACGACAAAAACAACAGGCGGACGAAUUGCUGGCGUCGCGUGAACACGAAAUCAACCGCCUGCACGAUGACAAUGACGCGCUGGCGCGCGCGCUCCGCGAGCAAUCUCAUGCGGGCGAGGCCGCGAAUCUGCGGGCACGAGACCUUGAUCUUGAUCUCAGUCGCCUCCGAGGCGAGCUGGACAACUGCGGCCAUGAGCGCACGCGUGUUCAGCAACAAAACUCAGAGCUGCAGCGCCAGCUUGAUGAGGUCACACGUGAGCUUCGCAAUGCACGGGAUCUGCAUGGUGGUGAUGUUGGUCGUCUUCAAGCGCGUUUGCGCGACUGCGAUGAAGAGGUCGCGAAGCUCCGCGUCUUCAAGUCAAAGUUUGAGCAGCUCAGCGAAGACCAGCGCUCUUCAGACGAUACCUUGCAGGCAGCUCUCCGUGACCUCGAUACUACCCAGCGCGAGCGCGACGCCCUGAGCACAGAGCUCAGUGAGGCGCGAUCUCACUUACGGGAAGAGCAGAAGGCUGUGGAGGACAUGCGUGAUGAGCUUGAGCAAUUGCUUCAGUCGUACACCAGCCUUGAACAGGCCAAGCUCGCAGCCGAGGCAGAGUUGCAAAGUCGCGGCCAGGAUCGCGAGGCACGGUACACGGAGAUGACCGUAACGAUGCGCUCGCUUCAAGAUGAGCUCGAACACGAGCGGGCCCGAGCUCGUCAGGCCGAGGAAGAUACGGAUCACUUUGCUCGUGACGUACAUGCCCUGCGCAACGAGAUUGCCCGACUGCAGGAGCAGCUGGCCAACUUGCGCAAUCGCGAGCAGGGUUUGCUGCAGCAGCUGAGCGACGCUCAGGGUCAGUUGGAGGCAGAGCGCGAGCGUCAGCGUGACCUUGAGACAAAAAUGGAUCGCAUCGAGCUCUCUGAUCGCCAGCGUGAGCGCCGCAGCAACGACGAGGUGUCUGCGAUGGCGCGUGAGUUGGCCACAGUGCGAGCCGAGCUGGCUGCGUGCAAGGACCGUUUGGCCGAUGCCGUGCGCGACCGCGACGCCAUUGAGGGACGGCUCAAUGAAUACGGAGACCUGCGCGCACGAGACCGGGAUGGUCUACAGCGGGCCGAAUCCGAUAUGGCCAGCAUCCGACGACAGCUGGCUGAAGAGCGGAACCAGGUAUCGCUAAAGGCCGACGAGUUGACCGAGGCCAAGCAGCUGCUCGAGCAUACCUCGCAUCGCUUGGAGCUUCUGGAGGACCAAAACGGCCAGCUUCGUCGCCAAGUCGCCGAUCUGCAGGAUGAGCUACAGCUCUGCCACGAGCGCAAUCAAUUGGCGCGAGAUGCCGAGCAGGCGCUGCAGGAUCGUAUGAGUCGAGCUGAGCGCGAGCGAGCCACGGCCCUAGAGCACGCCAAGGAGCGUGACCAACUCAAAUCCGAGCUUGACCAGCUGCGCGCUGAGCUGGAGCGACGCACGCGGCAUGUUGGCGAGCUGGAGCGUGAGCUAGAUCGUGUCCUCCGUGAGGCGCAUCAGGAUGCAACAACCAUGAAAGAUCUCGUGGCUGCCCUCGAACGGAUGCAGCAGACUCAAAACCGUCUACAAGAGGAUGUAGAGCAAGCCGAGUAUCGCGCGCGGUUGGCCUCUGAUCGGCAACCGGGUCCUGACGCUGCCAGGAGUGAGCAUGCAAGCCGUACCUACAGUCGUACCGUAACUUCUGUUCUGACGCAGCGUGAAGCGUAA